AGCUUUGGCUCAACUCACGCGUUUCGUUUGUAAACUAUUACUUCAAUCACAAUGCUUCGCCUGGCCUUCCUGGCGGUCGCCCCGCUACUUUGCUCGGCCGCACGGGUCUCCACGCACUAUGACGGUCACAAGAAGGUGGAUGAGGAUCCCUUCGGGGAUAUGCUUCCGCCCAUGAGUAGCAACCCAAUGGUGAUGUCCAGCGACCAAGCGGCCGCGCGUGGCCAGCCAGUGCCAUCGGUUCACGGAGUACCGCAGACCCCUGCGGUAGUCAGGGAGGAGGAGCGGAUCCUGGCGUCGGAGUCGCUGGUGGAUGAGCAGGUGGAGGUGAACCAGGAGGAGCGAAUGGAGGUGGAGUGUGUCGGCAUGGAGCACUUGCGAGAAGUGACCGACUACCAGGCAGAGCAGAAGGAGGCCGAGCAAGAGAUCAAGAACAUCCGCAGUUUUGUGCCCACAGAGGCGGAGCACCAGUGCCUGAAGCUGAACCUUCGCAACAAGAAGAUCCCAGGCCGGCUCUUUUCGGACAGGGUCGCCUUUGCCAACUGCCCCCCCUUCCCCGAGCGGCUUGGAGAGAUCGUAAUUGAGUCGGUGCACCACACGGAGAACAUUGACAAGAAGCAGCAUGUGGUUCUUGAACUGGUGGGUUGCACCAGUUGCGAGAACGACAGGACCAAAGAUGUGGAGUGGGGCGGCCUGCUGGCCAUUGAUGAGACAGGCAACUACCGGAAGAUGUACCGCAAGCCCCUCGACGCCACCUGGCCCACCGACAACUUCGGGAAGGGGCACUUUCGCAUGGGCGACAGAGUGCCAAUCGUGGAGAAGCCGGCGCACGGCCUUCCAGGAAUUUACCCGCGAACCUGGUCUACUGAGCAGGUCCGCGACGCGGACCAGAAGUGGGUGAAGAUGUACAAGUACAAGUACAGCUCCUUUAACUUCGACGAGUCCAUUCUGAGUGAGGUGGCGACGAUGGCCAGCGAAGCCACUGGCAACGCGUCCACGGUGGACGGCGCCUUUGUGCACGCGCACGAGCGUGAGGAGCUGAAGAUCCUCAAGGAGCUUCGGGCGCAAGAGAAGCGCAUCCCCUUCAACCACAAGCUGGAACAGAUGCACAUGCACAUCUACGUGUGCGACGAGUCGGGCAGUGGUCUUGUGUGCCCUGAGAAGCCGGCAGAGACGCUGCUGGUGCACGACGCCGCGCUGGCCUUCGAUAGCUCCAAGACCUCCACCUUCGAUGAGCUGGGCAAGCACUCUGGCGUGUGCACCUAUGGCCCGUGCAUGUUCCAGCGAGGCCUGAAGGUGGGCAAGGAGAACCAGCUGAUGUCGUGGACGAUGUGCACUGCCUGCGAUAAUCGAGCCUGCGGUGCUCAUAGCCGCGCAGACCCUCCUAGGCGCGAAGACGUGCCGCCGGCGCACGACGCUGGGGAGUUCAACUGCCUGGUGGAGCGCCUUUACACCAGCAGCGGCUACAAGGACCUGUUUCUCAACAAGCCUGGCACUGGCGGAAGGGAGGGCUCAGGCUUCCUCUUCCGAGGAGCCGAGGCCAAGGGCCACGUCACGGGGCACAUCAAUUGGCAUCUCUCAGUGCCCCGAGCCGGACAUUGCGAGCCCUUCUUGCAAGACGUGGCAUAUGUGGGCAUCGGCGUGGAUGAGUGCGACAAGUGCCGCGGCGGGGAGGUGGAUGUGGAUAUUGGCAUGGUUUUGCUCAGCUGCCCUGACGGCAACACCAAAGGCCUUGGCGGAGCCAUCCCCAGCCAAUGCAGGUACGUGGACCACCAGAAUUUCAACCACAAGUCGAGAAGAGACUUUUACGCGAUCUCAGAAGAUGACCGGUCGGGCGAAGGGGAGGGCGAUGAUGAAUGGGCCUUCAUGAACUUGGCCGAGCUCAGAAAGACCGGCGUGAGCCACGUGCUGAUCGUGGCCAACAUCUACGGCUGCGCCCACGGUCGGCCGACCUCUCCCAUCGGCUGGCAGGACCUGGAGGGUGCCUUCAUGCGGGUCACGGGCUCCAGCGGGGUGUCCAAGUCCUUUGAGAACGCGGAGACCAUUGGCUACGUUGACCUCGACGGCAUGCAGGGCCCUGCCCAGAACGGUGCAGGUUUGGUGAUGUUCUACCUGGCCAAGGAUGAGACUCUGGCAGCACCCUCUGAGAUCACCCGCACAGACAGUGCUGGCGGCACUGGCAAGCACUGGAAGAUGGCUGUGGUGAAGAAAUCCUACCAGGGCGCAGUGCUUUCCAGCGGCCCAGCGCUCGAAGCCUUCGGUAUUGGCACCGUCCGCAACGUCGAGAAUGGCGUGGCUGAAGCGGCGGCAGAUAUGAGCCUGCCCAACGCGCUGGCCACGAACCAGACGCCGCCCGCCGAACACGCCACAGUGGUGGAACUCGGGCCCGUGGUCACCGACGCCACCUCUGAGAGCAACGAGGUUCACUUCUCUGGCGAGAGCAGCGGAGAGAGGAAGGCCAAGGAGAUGACCAACCAGGAGCUGUGGAACAACCUCGCGGCCACGUUGCCUGAGGGGCCUCCGGGCACCGAUGCCUUCUGCGUGCCGGGCAUCGCUUCGGACCUCAUGUGAGAAAUCCCACGGCUGCGAUAUACGAAGGGUAGGAUCAUGUAAGGGACACUCCCCACCAAUGGCCGCUGGUGGCUUUUGGUGGACCAGUUUAGUGCCAUUGAUUACGACUGAUGCGUAGAACCGCUGGCCGGAGUGAUCCCAAGCCUGGUUCCGGACGGCGCGCCAGAUUGGCGCCAAUCGGUGAGGAUUGCAUCAGAG